AUGCCACAAGCUGCAAGAUGGGUGGGCUCACCCUCAAUCAAGGGACGGACGGAGUCCAUGCGGAUGGCGCUGUUGACCUUCAGCUUAUUGGGGUUACAAUUUACCUGGGGCAUUGAGAUGACCUGUGUCAUUGCAGACAGGUCACGGUCUAAAUGGGGAAGACGAAGGCCAUUUAUGAUUGGAGGAUCAUUGAUUGUUACGGUGUGCUUGUUGGUGCUGGGAUGGACAACGGAGAUCGUCGGUGUCUUUGUCAAGGACGCGGAGAAAGCUGCAAGCGUCACAAUUGCUCUCGCCGUGCUCAGCAUUUACGCUGUUGACUUCGCCAUCAACGUCGCAUCUAGUACAAGCAUGUGCUCGGAGCUUAAUCGUCGAUACGUUACCUAUACCCUCGCAACAAGCUGGGUCCGCGUGGGUAUCUUUGGGACUGCUUUAGGCGACACCCAGUUCAAGCAAAUGACAGUCAUUGCUGCGUUGGCCUUACUGGGUGCGAUAGCUGUUACGUCCUACUCUGUGAAGGAGAGAAUAUUAAUCACCGCGAGAGAUUCUGAUGGGAAAGCCGGAGCUUUCCAGGUAGUUACGCAGUUAUUCAGGACCACCAUGGAUUUACCUCCACGUAUUCAAGCCAUUUGCUGGGCGCAAUUCUGGGCCUGGAUCGGUUGGUUUCCGUUCCUCUUCUACAGUACUACAUGGGUUGGCGAGACCUACUUUCGGUACGAAGUCCCCAAGGACGCAGACCGACCAGUGGAUAUGCUGGGAGAAGUCGGCCGCGUUGGAAGUCUUUCACUAGUCGUCUUCUCCUCCAUCACCUUCAUCAGUUCCGUUCUUCUACCAUUCUGCGUCCAGUCGCCAGAUACUAAGCGGGCCCGGUUUACCCCACGGCCUCCUCCCGGCAUAGCAGCCUUGCUCACAAAAUUCAUGAAGAUACGCCCCGACCUCCAAACGACUUGGCUUAUCUCCCAUGUUGUCUUCGCAGCUACGAUGAUUUUUGCCCCUCUGGCCCGUUCCCGUGCCUUUGCAACCUUCCUCGUUGCUAUUUGCGGCAUCCCUUGGGCCGUCAGCUGCUGGGCCCCCUUCGCAUUCAUGGGCGUCGAAAUUAAUCGCCUCGCAAUGAACCCCUCCCAAGCUUCUCGCCUCUCCGGCGUAACAAUGAUCACCUCCUCCUCCAUCCGCUCAGGCGCGUACGGCGACCUCAACAGCUCGGAUGCCUCGGAAAUGGAUGUUCUCCGGCUUAACCAUCACGACCAAGACGAUGACUCCGACGCCGAAGACGGCAUCUCCAACAUCCCCUCCACGGGCGAGCUUGCCGGCAUUUACCUUGGCGUGCUCAAUGUCUACACAACUCUCCCCCAGUUUGUCGGAACCUUCAUCAGUUGGAUUGUCUUUAGCAUCCUCGAACCAGGGAGCACAAAGCGCGACGACUCGGCGAGCGACUCAACGUGGAUGGACCUCGACAAGAGCACACCGAACGCCAUUUCGAUUUGUCUUUUCAUCGGCGCUUUGUGUGCCCUUAUUGCUAUGGAGGCUACGAGGCGAAUGCGGUAUAUUCUAUAA